GCAUGCGAUCACUGCAAGAGACGCAAAGUAAAAUGCAACGGGGCGGAUCCCUGUUCCCAAUGCAGCCGCUCCGGCAUUCCUUGCGAGCGUCGAACUAUCCUUCGAAGACGCGGUCCACGGGUAGCAAAGCGACCCGCGAAUGCUGAGAGCCUUCCGCAAGGGCCCCGCUGUAUUGACAACCCAGAGCAUAGCGUGUCUCGCGAUGAUCCUUUGCUGUCUGUGUCCGUGUCGGACCAUGGGCUCGAGGGGCAAGUUGCCGCCGUCCACGGCUCUCCAAGGAUGAGCAUGAGCUCCACUGAUUCGUUCAUUCAUUCCCUCGCCCAUUCACCUUGCUCCGUUGAAGUCACAUCGGAGAGCCUCGUCCGGAGCGAGUUUCUCCAUGUCAGAAGACGCCUUGUCUCCCAAUUCAACUCAUUACAGGCUCUUUCAGGGAAUAUUGAGGAAACGGCACAUGAAUGUGUCGACUUGUUCAUGCAAUUCCUAUUUCCCAACACCCCGAUCGCCCACGAACCGACACUCAGAGCCAGCAUCCCUCUUCUCUCUGUAGACACAACCCCUGAACCAGCGCCUACAGAGAACCUCAAUCCCAACGAGCCUCCGCUCAUACCAUCUUUGAGGCGCUUCACGCUCAUAACGGCACUCUGCGCUCAUAUCAUUUCGGUCGUUCCCGAGAGCCUCUCCCGGAAACCAAAAUCGGUAUCCGGUAUAUUCUUUGAGGCUUCCAAGUCAAUGUUGAGGGCUUAUGAAGCUUGUGACCUCGAGCAUCCCGAUUCAACUUCUCUUACCAUUCGAAUGUGGCAUUCCUCCUACGCGCAGAACACCACUGGCAAGGUCGGCGCGUCGUGGCACUACCACACAGAGGCCUGCUGCCUUGCACAAAGACUGCGAUUAUUCGACGAGGCUUCUAUUGCCCACCCUUCCCUGCUCGAGUCGCAGCUUCUUCGAGUCAACUUCUGGCAUCUGUACCUAGCCGAAAAAACUCAAGUGGCCUUUCGGAGUCGACCGCCCAUCAUUGAUGAGAGAAUAUGUGAUGGCGGCAUCACCCUUCUCGAUAAAGGAAAUGAGCUGGUCCCAUUUCUCGAUCCAUCCCGAAAAGUGAACCAAGCCGACCUCGAAUCUCGCAUCUUCUUCGGAUUCCACCUCCGACGGAGGAUGUCGGCAACGGCGGCCCGCCUUAUAGACGAUAUUGCCAGUUUUCCACGACACAUCGAGACCAACUCACUACGUGCGAAACAGCUGGAUGGGGGCGGUCAGGAGAUGAGUACCCUGAUUGAAAGAUACCUGAAGUUUACAGCCCUGGUAAAUGAAGUGCCAUCUUGGGUACGGCACCCAGACAGAGACGAAGAUCCGAAGGUCGACGAGCAAGUUCGGACAUACCAAGCGACCUGCUUCUGGGCGCAGCGGAUCAAUAUAAUAACAAUAUUUUACUGUAUGAGGCUGCUAAUCUUACAAUCGUGUAUUGACCACGGCCUCCCAGCGGUUGUUGGACUCAGUGAGAGCCCGCUUUCUUGGGCGAGUCGAAAACUUGAGAUCAUUCGGGACUUCCUAGACGACCUACAGGGCACGCCAUUCAUCUGCUUAGAGGCUCAAGGAGAGACAGCGGUGGAUAAAGUUAGACGCGUCGGCGCAAUAUUGCUCGAACUUCUUCACAACUCAGAUAACGCGACCAUUAAGACCCAGGCGGACGUUCUCUUCAAAGGUUUACUAGAUAUUCUCUCCAGACUGGAUUCCAAAGCUAGUGAUGGGCUGUAACUUUUCUGGUCUCUAGUCCGCAGAGAUCUUUGGGCAGAAGAAUCUUACCACGCUUGACUCCAGAGGACCAGUUCGAACGUUCUCCAACUUCUUUGUAUUGUUUUGUCCUGGAUAGCCCGAAUCACCGUCGACAAGGACUUAUGUGUUGGGGCUCAAAUUCAUGGGGAGAGAUUUCGAGCACUAUGUGGAGCAAAAGGUAGAGGGCGAAAGGUGUAAAAUUCGGCACCCAGUGGGGCGUUAUAGGUGCCCACAGGUACCUAAAGAUAAGCUCACUAGGUACCUAGUGAUUAGCAAAAUUACCCUAUAGCUCAAUUUAAAUCACUCGAGACUAUCCAUAAGUAAUAAAAUAUUGUUUGUAUUUUAAAAAGAUAGAUAUAUAAACAAUCGAAAAUUAUAAACAAUCGAAAAU